AUGGCCGUUGCUAGCGCCUGCGCGCAUUCUUUCAAGAUGAUCAAGUCCGACAGCACUCUGAUCCAAUGGACUUGCAACCUCUGCCACUCCGGUCCGCAUUGGUGGAUCUUCGAGUGUCGCUACUGCAAAAUCCACACCUGUCUGCAUCGACUGCCGGUGCAGCCACCGAACCGAGCCCCAAACCACACCAACACCGAAUUCGAGGGCGCUCACCGCGAGGGGCAGAUGCACGAUGGCGACGUGGGGGUUUUGCAUUGGAUGCUCCAGAGGUAUGUUCAAAGACAUGCGCCCACCAUGAAGCUCCUCGUCUCAGAUGGAAGAGAUUUUGGCUGCUUCUGA